UCUACCAGCGGGUCCCGCCUUCCGCCGUCACAGUCGCCGAGGAAAUGUCCGACGCAUCGCAGCAGCAGCAGCAGCAGCAGCAGCAGCAGCUGGCCGGCGGCGGCUCCUCCGCGGACAACAAACCCUUCGCGGCCCAGUUGUCCAACGUCUACCUCAGCAUCCUGGCGCUCUUCUGCUUCAAGCUCUUCGUCAAGAUCUCCCUCAACCUGCUCACCUACUUCUACAUCGUCCGCGGCAACCGCAAGGAGGCCGCCAGGAUAUCGGCCGAGUUCUACGACUACACCCAGCAGCGCGGUUCCUGGACGGACCGCUCGCCGCUCCACGACGCCGCCAGUCAGGGUCGCCUCCUCGCCCUCAGGACGCUCAUUGUGCAGGGCCACAACGUAAACAGCGUGACCCUGGACCAGGUGACCCCCCUCCACGAAGCCUGCCUCGGAGACCACGCACCCUGCGCCAGAGCCCUUGUCGACGCCGGCGCCGACGUCGACGCCCCAACGGUUGAGGGCAACACGCCGCUGGUGAACGCCUGCGCGGUGGGCAGCGUGGCGUGCGCCGAAGUCCUGCUGGAAAACGGCGCCAGAGCUCAGAGCCUCGCGCACCAGCCGUCGCCCAUCCACGAGGCCACCAGCAGAGGUCAUUCCGGCUGCGUGGAGGUUCUGCUGACGUGGGGCGCGGAUGUGGACGCGGACCUCCCCCACUUUGGCACGCCCCUCUACACGGCCUGCGUCUGUCAGGAGUUGGAAUGCGCCAGGAAGCUCCUGAGGGAAGGCGCUAACGUCCAGAAAGGCAAAUCUCUGGAGUCGCCUUUGCACGCGGCGGCAGAGAAAGAUUGCACGGCGGUGGUGAAGCUGCUGCUGGACUUCGGCGCCGACAUCAACGCCCGGAACGGGGAGUGUCGGCGGCCCGUGGACGUGGCCCCGCCCGGCACCUUGACGGAAAGCUUCUUGCUCCUCUACGAAGCCACGCCGCGACUGCUGAGUCAGCUGUGUCGCCAGUGUAUCAGAAAGUGUGUCGGCAGGGAUCGGCUACACCUCCUUAGCCAUCUGCCCCUGCCCGGGCGGAUCCGGAACUUCCUGCAGUACCAAUGACAAUGACCACUUUUUUAAUAGGUUGUACACAAAUAGCCACUCGAGUUAAAUCUUUUGUCAGCUGCCUGUUUCCCGUAAUAUAUGUGGGGAAGCGAGCCAAUACAUAACUCGUCCUACGUUGUGAAUGUUCGCACGGGCGGCUGCCGGUUAUACGGAUCGGCUCUAUAAAUAUCCGGGAGAAAAUGCACUUUGAAAAUAUUUUUUUAUUUUAUUUUUUUCAAGUCUAUUUUUGCAUUGUAGACUGUUAC